CGUUCAUUGAAUUUCCUCUCUUCACCAACCUCUUUCCCUCACACACGUUUUCACGUAAAAGAAUCUUCGUAAACCAUUAGGUAGGACCAAGAAUAGAGUGGUAGAUAGGUCCUUUGAAAUCUCGUUACGUUCCCGUGUAGAUCGCUUCCUUUCUUCUUUCAAUCAUCCCUCGGAUACAUUCCUUUUCCUCUUAUUUUCGGCAAGCUGUGAAGAUUUGUAAGAACCAUUGCCACUUUUUUUCCUUCUUGACAACCUCUCAAGUCUAUUCACCAAAGCACAAUGCCGGUACAACCUCCUGCCCCUCCGGUGUUUUAUCGGUUCAGAACUACUGAAGUCUUAGUUGAUUCUUUGGCAAACUUCGUGGUGAAGGCUCAAAGAGAUGCAGUGGAUAAAAGAGGGAAAUUCACGAUUGCUCUUUCUCGUGGUACUUUGGCUGCGAAUUUACGUGGAUUGGUAGGACAGGAGAAUGUCCAAUGGGACAAGUGGGAAGUAUUCUUCUGCGAUGAAGCUGCCGUCCCUCUCGAAUCACCCGAUUCAAAUUAUCAUUCCAAUUACCUCUCUUUCCUCUCUCACGUUCCCAUCCCCCCAAAUCAAAUACACACCAUCGACGCUAGUUUACUGGACGACCUCGAAGAAUUAGCGGAUGAAUAUGAAAAACAACUCAUCGGUCAUUUUGCAGCUUCAAACGCCGCUCGUUAUCCGACUUUCGAUCUGAUGCUUUUAGGUAUGGGAACGGAGGGAGAGACUGCGAGUUUAUUUCCGGAACAUGAAUUGUUGAGUGAGAAAGACGCUUGGGUUUCGUAUUUAGAAGAUGCACCGAGGGGUCCACCGAGACGUAUCACGAUGACACUACCCGUUCUGACGCAUUGCUAUCGAGUCGUCUUCGUCGUUUCUGGAGCGGAAAAAGCUCAAAUGUUACAUACGAUCCUCGACGAACCCGAAACGGGUCUUCCAUGUUCCCGUGUUAGACCAGCUGCACCAGGUUUAGUAUUCUGGUUCGCAGAUGCCGACGCGGCAUCAGAAACGACAUAUCCACCCACGACGUUUAGAUGGAUUGAUAAUCAGAAAGAAGCCGAAGAAGCUGUAGAGGCUGCUCAACGUAAAGCUGCUAGACGAUUACAAGAGGCUUUAGGGGAAGAUGAAGAUUAUUAAAUUUGAUUCGUCAUCACGAUCAAGCACAACCAAUAGCUUUACAUGGAUCAUACUGUGAUUCCUAAUUCGACCCCCAUGACAUAUUAGGAUCUCAGUGUAUGAUGUGUAGAAGUAGGACGGCUUUAGACUUCUGUGGAAUUGGGUGUUCUUUGUGGAUACGUUUUCACAGCCAGGAGCUAUGCAUGAUGCAAGAUAUAACGAAGUCCUG